GCGAACCGAAAAGUGACAUUGACGUUUUCAAUUCGGCAAAUUAAAUUGACGUUUUCUCGCUGUGACUAAUUUUACAUUUUAUUUGAAUAAAAUAAAUAAACAUUUUUAAAACUCGAUUAUAUGGCCUUAAUAAUAUUUAAGAUUACAUAUUGAACUUACCUGAUAGUCUUAAUGUCGUGAUUGUGGUAGUUUUGGUAACAAAAUUUCUGCAAAAUGAAGUAUUCGACGUCGCCUACUCCUAGCCUGAAUAACUACCCAAGGAGUACAUCUCCGUUACCAGCGCCUGCUAAUUACCAGCCUACGACAGCCAGCGCGGCUGUGAAGCGCUACAAAUACAUCAGAAGACUGUUCAAAUUCAAUCAGAUGGACUUUGAGUUUGCUGCUUGGCAAAUGGUGUAUCUGUUUGUGUCACCACAGAAAGUGUUUAGGAAUUUCAAUUAUAGAAAACAUACAAAGUCUCAGUUUGCAAGAGAUGAUCCAGCUUUCCUAGUUCUACUUAGUGUAUGGUUAUUCUUAUCAUCAAUAUGCCUGGGCCUAGCAAUGGGCCUGACAACCGGGAAGGUGGCGUUGUUUGUACUCUUUGUAGUAUUUGUAGACUUCAUAGGAGCCGGGAUACUUGUGUCUACAUUCUUUUGGUAUGUAAGCAACACGUACCUGCGCCGCGACCCCGACGGGCCGGACGUGGAGUGGGGCUACGCGUUCGACGUGCACAUCAACGCGUUCUUUCCGCCACUCUCGCUGCUACACUUCUUCCAAAUAGUCUUCUUUGAGAAUAUUCUGUUCCGUGAUGGUUUCCUGUCGUGUCUGGUGUCCAACACCUUCUGGCUUGCCUCCAUCAUCUACUACUUAUACAUCACAUUUUUAGGAUACAGUAAUCUCCCGAUGCUGCAAAACGCUCGCGUGUUCCUGUUGCCUCUACCGAUCCUGUUCCUCACGUACCUGGCAACACUCGCGAUGGGCUGGAACCUCAGCGAGAUGCUCGUAUAUUUCUACAUGAUGAGGGUGCUGCACUGAUCAACAUAUAUUGC